AUGGGAGGGCGCAAGGGAGGGCGCAAGGGAGGGCGCAUAGGAGGGUGCAAGGGAGGGCGCAUGGGAGGGCGCAAGGGAGGGUGCAAGGGAGGGCGCAUGGGAGGGCGCAUGGGAGGGCGCAAGGGAGGGCGCAAGGGAGGGUGCAAAGGAGGGCGCAUAGGAGGGUGCCAGGGAGGGUGCAAGGGAGGGUGCAAGGGAGGGCGCAAGGGAGGGUGCAAGGGAGGGCGCAUAGGAGGGUGCAAGGGAGGGCGCAUAGGAGGGUGCAUGGGAGGGUGCAAGGGAGGGCGCAUAGGAGGGUGCAAGGGAGGGUGCAAGGGAGGGCGCAUAGGAGGGUGCAAGGGAGGGCGCAUAGGAGGGUGCAAGGGAGGGUGCAUAGGAGGGUGUAAGGGAGGGUGCAAGGGAGAGCGCAUAGGAGGGUGCAAGGGAAGGUGCAAGGGAGGGCGCAUAGGAGGGUGCAAGGGAGGGCGCAUGGGAGGGCGCAAGGGAGGGCGCAAGGGAGGGCGCAAGGGAGGGUGCAAGGGAGGGUGCAAGGGAGGGCGCAUAGGAGAGUGCCAGGGAGGGUGCAAGGGAGGGUGCAAGGGAGGGCGCAAGGGAGGGUGCAAGGGAGGGCGCAAGGGAGGGUGCAAGGGAGGGUGCAAGGGAGGGUGCAUGGGAGGGUGCAAGGGAGGGCGCAUAGGAGGGUGCAAGGGAGGGUGCAAGGGAGGGCGCAUAGGAGGGUGCAAGGGAGGGCGCAUAGGAGGGUGCAAGGGAGGGUGCAUAGGAGGGUGUAAGGGAGUGUAA